CAUUAAAUAUUGAGAAAACAAGAACAAGAAACUAGACAAGGUUGGGUUUCUUUUAGAGGGAACACAUACAUAGCCAUUAAGAUAAGGAACUGCGCUCAAUUAUUUUAAUUGGUUAGCUUUGCUUGUGAGGUUGGCUUCGUUUUCUGCAAUUCCCACUCCACAAAGCCACGCCCUGCAUCACCCCCAAAAAACUAACAGAAAAGCAAAAAAGAAAAGAAAAAGAAAAACCAAAAACUUAAAACAACAUAUUAUUAUUAAUAUCGCUGUAAUUAUUGUUACAGUUUUCAUUUGUCUUGUCCCUUUAUUUUUCGAUUGGAUCUGAGGCUCUUCAGAGUUGCAGAAAGGCACACCAAAGUUGCUUCACUUUCUUGGAGUGUAGUUUCGCUUUGUUCAGAGCAAACUCACACAGAGCUUGUGAAAUCCACAGCCAUGGAAGAAGGUUUCUUACUAUGCAAUUUCAUUGCUGUUUUUCUGCUUUGAUCAGCUCAUCAAGGAUUUCUUAAUGGGUUCACCUGUUAAUGGAUUGGAUUCUUUAGCAGAAGUUCAGAAUUCAGUUUCUGUGGCAGAUCAUGAUCCUCCUUCAACAUCAGGGAUUCCCCGGCCAUCUCGGCCGCCGUUAAGCACAUCCAGAAAUCAUGGGGCUUCAUCCAGUCAGCAUAAUAACUAUGGAAUGAAGACCAUCCACCACCAAAAGCAUUCAUAUCAGGAGGCUGACAGCGUAGAGCGAGAUGAAAUGCAGAAUAUGGAGAAGCAGCACUAUAACACAAAUGGGAAAUCUGAGUAUGUGAGCCUCAAUAAAGCUGUUGAAAGUUGUUUAGGAAAGAAUAUCUCCAAAAUGGAAACUAAAUUAAGUAUCAAGCAACAGUUAAAUGCUUCCAAGAAUUGUGAUUCGUCAAAAGGUGUUGUUGAUGGAACAAAGAGCAACUGCCAAUCAGAGAUUACCUUUUGUCCAAGUCCUCAGAAUAGUUUCUAUUCAGAAGCCAAGGAAAGUUUUGGCAACACUGGAGUCAGUGAAUGUGUUAGUGUUGAUAAGUCAGUUGAAAGUGGAGAAGUUACUAAUUCCUGUGAAUUUAACGAGAGCAGGAAGACCAGCAUCUGUAGAGGAAGCACUGGAAGCGACGUUAGUGAUGAGAGCAGCACUAGUAGUCUGAGCAGUGCUUUAUACAAGCCCCACAAGGCAAAUGACAUAAGAUGGGAAGCAAUUCAAGCCAUUCGAGCCCGUGAUGGGGUGUUGGAAAUGAGACAUUUCAGGUUAUUGAAGAAAUUGGGAUGUGGAGACAUAGGAAGUGUAUAUCUAGCUGAACUAAGUGGCACUAGGACUUGUUUUGCAAUGAAAGUAAUGAACAAAACUGAGUUGGCAAGUCGCAAGAAGCUUGUUAGGUCUCAGACAGAGAGAGAGAUACUGCAGUCUCUAGAUCAUCCAUUUCUACCCACAUUGUAUACACACUUUGAGACAGAGACAUUCUCCUGCUUGGUAAUGGAGUUUUGCCCUGGAGGGGACUUGCAUGCACUCAGGCAAAGACAACCUGGGAAGUAUUUUUCUGAGAUUGCUGCCAGGUUAGCCAUUUCAUUUUUCCUUGCUUGCCCCAUCAGUUCUAUCGACAUACAACAUGCAGAGGCAUUAGAUAACUGUAUUUUCCUUCCUUGGAGUCAUGGAAUCAAGUGUUCUAUCUGUAGGGCCAGAAUAGAAACUGUAUCAUUUUAGAAAAUAUCUGUCUUUCUCUACAAGAAUAAGGGAACCUGACUGAGAUUUUUAUCAUAUAAAGCUGAACUGUCACAAAACACUGUAGUUACUAUCCAUUGCUGCUCAAGGACCAUGAGAAAAUCCUUAUAUUUACCAAAACAUGGCCCAAGAAUUCUAAGUAGCCAAGCUUUAUUCUUUUCCACUCCCUUUAUUGUUUUAAAACCUUCCAAGCUUUUUUCAAGUCUCUUAUGGAUGUCUGCCAAAAAUGGUAAAAAUACGCUUGCUCGCUGCACACUGGACCGUUUCUUUUUCUGCCUGCAUAAUUACCUUUCCUUUACUACUUCCACCUUUUCCCACAAU